GAUGGAGUAGGUACCUCUCUACUUCAUUGGCUAACUUUGUUUUCAAACGUCUUUCACAUGAUGACUGUCAGCUUGUUGGGUUUUGUGUGAACAUCUUUGAAACGAACCCAACCCCAGCUAGAGUUGACAUCAUGUACUUGAUACAUCUGUGUCUUGGUCUGCUGCUACUGGGAGCCACAGACAUAUAUAUGCAAAAAUCCGAAUACCAGCCCAGAGACAGGCUGACCCGCGACGUGGGGCAGGCCGCAGGUAACGUGACCGUAGCCCCGCCCGGUGAUCAGGUGACCCAAGCCGCGCCCAAAGAUGAGUUGACCGACGCCGAAAGCCCACCCAGUAAUAAGGUGACCUACUACCUGUUUUGGGCAAAUGCUGACGUCACUCAGCCCAGGUUCAACGCUUUCUCCAUGCUACAGACAACAAUUGUGCUGGGAGUGAACACAAACUCCAGCCAGGAGUUGACCAUUGAGGCCAUGGAGAGCAAAAUCUUUCCUGAUGAAGGUAUCAUGCCGAAUACCAACUCGACCUUGACCUUGGUUUGGGUCAGGUGUGAGCGACAUGUUCACCUCGUGGCCUUGAUGCUGAAGGCAGACGACGUCGUGGAGGUCAUGCCGCUGAUUGCCGCCGAAAAUUGGGCGAAAGAAAUGUUCGUGGUGGCUCCAAACCAAGAGCUCAGAUACCUGCUGGUGUUGUCCCUGGAACAGACGGAGCUAAGGGUGGAGCUGUUGACAGACCAAGCCUCACCCCAAGGGCAAAAUACCCUCACGCUAAGUCGUCUGGAACCCACGCUCAUAAAAGUAGAGAGCCAGUUCGCUUCCACGGACGUCAAGGGGGUGCUGAUCAAGGCCGGCAAUCCGAUUGGCGUCAUCACCCGUGUCUGUGAGGCCAGUUCCUGCUAUAUAACAGACAUGGCCCUCCCCACAAAGUAUUUUGGCAAUGGGUAUCACGUGAUCAAUCCGAUCCAAUCGCUGCGCUGUAUCGCCGCGACGCCUGGGAUCUCGGUCCGUUUUUCUGUCAACGGUUAUCUCCAAACCGACGGUUACGUCAUUGAUAUGCCCCCUACAAAAGGGCCAUACCUCGCCUCGUUUAGCGUCUCUGUGGGCUGUCUGGGUAAAACUCAACAAGGGAACUUCUCGGUCUACACGGCAGCCAUUGCUAGAGAGUUGUAUUCGGAUGUUGUCAUUUUGGCCAUCGCGACCCUGGCGAUGGAUAAGUUUCUCCACAUCAUCUACCAAACGUCUGAGAACGACAACAUCUUGGUCAACGGCCAGCCGUUAAGCCAACUCGCGCCCCAGGUGGAGGAAAUAGGGGGAGCCAGCGACUACUCAGUGGCCAAGGUCAAGCUGGACUCACCCAAGGCCUACGUCACCUCCAGCAACCGGCAGAGCCAACUCGGCGUCUACGGCUCUGGGCCGGCCCAACUUGACGACACCCAGUCGGUCUACAUAGUCCCCGCCAAGUUUCAAUUUAUAGAGGUGAUGUCAAGCUUAGUAACCACCCAAGCUCCAAUCAAGUUAGCUCCGACAUCCCAGUGCAGCUCACAGUCCAUAGUCUGUAUGCCCGGCAUGUACGGAGAGACGUGUGAGCAGCUAUGUCAGUGUCAACAGGGCAUGACGUGCAGGCACUCUAGCGCGUGCUACACUCACAGCUGUGAUCUGGGCUACUAUGGGCUCUCAUGUGAGAUCAGUGACCUUGCCCUAUUACUGCUGGGGUGUGAGCCUGCAGUCUUCUACGACAACAACAGGGAGACCUGCGCGCCCAUGGGAGAACAGCCAAUCAAAUUUCUCUUCAGGGGCACCAUCACCUUGACCGCGAUUAGGAUGACCUUCAACCAAGAGGUACACGGCGAUGCGCUGAGUCCCAUGGUCAACACGGGCCAAGAGCAGCAGGAAGGGUGCACCAACCUCGUGGUGACGAUGAACAAGGAGGAAGUCGACAUCACCUGUCAAAGUCCUCUGGUGACUGAAGGCUUUGAGCUGACUCUCCACCUCAACCCCGACCUCACCAUCUGCUCCAUCAACAUCAACGGAGGUACCGCCAUAAAGACAGCACGUGUUGUGGUUGGUCAAGACGCGGCCUCAGCCCAGCCCAGUCACCUGUUACAGGAGAGGGUCGACCCCAACAAUUGUGUCAGUGUCGAUACCAACGUCGUCUUCAUCACAGUCGAUUACACGAGCAUGGAACGUCUUGUCUUCUAUACAAAAGGUUCCAACAAGUCGAGUCUGGCAGUGAAGGGGGUCGUGAAGCAGACGCAGCAAAUCUUCGAGGAGGUUCUGGAGCUGGGGGACCAGGUGACCAACCUACCCUUCCUGGCGCACGUCUCAGACAUCUCCGUCAGCAAGUCCGUGGGCAGGGUCGAAAUCUGUAACAUCAAACUCUAUGGAGCCAAGGUGGAUGAACCGACCCUGUCAACCGCCCCGACCCCUGGAGAUGUGACCACGGGAGGGUCAGCCAGCAGCACCACCCAGGUCAACUCGUACAAGGACAUCUACGAAUCGGCCAUGGAGAAACUGACGCCAAAAAUAGCGGCCGGCGUCUCCGUAGUUUUCGCCAUCAUCAUGCUCGUCGCGUGUUGCUGUGUGUGCAAGUUCUGCAUGUAGCAGCUUACACCAGUCACAGCUUACACUACUUACAGCUUACACCAGUCACAGCUUACACUACUUACAGCUUACACC